AUGGCUUUAAGCUCGAUAGAUAUAUUCCUCAGUAGACCAAGAAAUGUAUUGGUAUUCUUAGGAAUAUGGUUGCCACCAAAAAGAUACGCUUUGCUUUAUAAUCUAUACAAAAUCAUGAUUAUGCUGACGCAGUACUGCUUCAUACUGUUUGAGGUUAUUUACGUAGUGGUAGUAUGGGGGGACUUGGAUGAGGUAUCGGAAGCUUCGUACCUUCUGUUCACUCAAGCCACAGUUUGUUAUAAGGUCUCAGUUCUCAUCGCUAACAAAAAGCAGCUAAAAUGUUUGUUAGAUUUCAUGAUGCUGGAUAUAUUUGGACCUCAGACACCGCAUCAUACCAAGGUGCUAUUCACAAAUGCACGAAAAGUAAAGAAUCUGUGUGCAGUUUUCCUAAUAACUGCGAUAAUGACAGUCAGCCUGUGGGCUGUGAUGCCACUCUUCGACAAUGCGGAGUCAAGAUUCUUUCCGUUUAAGAUUUGGAUGCCGGUAGACGCUCAGAAGUCGCCUCAGUACGAGCUCGGGUACAUUUACCAGAUACUGAGCAUCUAUUGCAGCGCCAUGUUGUUUUUCGCGGUAGACAGCACCAUUUUGUCGAUGGUCAUGUUCGGGUGUGCCCAAUUAGAAAUUAUUAUCGAUAAAAUACAACAGUUACGAAGUACGCCAUUGUCAGCAAAGAUGAAGGGCGCGAAGUGUGAUGAAAUGAUUGAAGAAAAUAAUAAAUUGUUUAGGGAGUGCUUUCAACAACAUCAAGCUGUUAUAAGGUUUAUUGAAAUGUUGGAGAAUACAUUCCACGCGAAUAUAUUUUUCCAACUUUGCUGCACAGUGGGGAUCAUCUGCAUUAUUGGACUACGGAUAACUAUUACAGAGCCGAGCAGCGUCCAGUUCUACUCCAUGUUGAACUAUAUGGCAACCAUGCUGUCACAAUUGUUCCUAUAUUGCUGGUGUGGAAGUGAGCUCACUACUAAGAGCCAAGAUUUACGAGAAUGGCUGUACCAGUCGCCGUGGUACGAGCAAGACGCCACGUUCAGAAAGUCGUUACUCAUCGCCAUGGAGCGGAUGAAAAGACCAAUCAUUCUCAAAGCUGGACAUUACAUUCCGCUUUCACGGCCUACAUUUGUUUCUAUCUUAAGAUCGUCGUACUCCUAUUUCGCAGUACUGAAUCAAGCGAAAUGAUUAAAAAAUAAAAUUAUGUCCAUGUUUAAUUAUCGCAAUAGGUGCAUAUAAACCUACUACCUAUACGUACAUCAUCAUCCUGUUGAAAUAUCAUCGCACUACUAUUAUAAAGAGGAAAGAUUUGUUUGUUUGUUUGCAUUGAAUAGUCUCCGAAACUACUGAACCGAUAUGAAAAAUUCUUUCACUGUUGGGAAGCUACACUAUCCCUGGGUGAUGCAGACUAUAUUUUAUCCCCGUAUUCCUAGGGGAAUGGACCCUACGCGGGUGAAACCGCGUGGCAUCUGUCAGUUAUUCUCAAGAAUAGUUUAUAUAUCUAGUACCUCCGCAGCGCCAUAUUACCGCUUCAUUUCGUCAAAAUAGCGAGUGAAAAAUUGUUAGGUGCUGCGGGUCUAUAGGUUAUUAGUCUAAGUGUACGUAAAGUAUUGUUAUUGAUAUUUAUGUAGGUUAGGUUCGGUUCUUGACAU